GUUGCAGUCGCCGCGAGCUUCGUUUACUACACCUGCCAACACGGAAGUCACGAUUGAGUCCAACGACAACGACACCGCGCCAGCCACGCCGAACUCACCGACUCAAAGUCGACUAGUCCGGCUGGUGCGCCCGCUCCGUUACAUUUACGCGUUACUGGUUUCUUGCUAUAAUUUUGUCUUGAAAAUUUGGCGAAGAAUUAGCAUGAAACUUCUUAUUAUCUUGGGAUUGGUCAUAAUAACUCCGGCGCUCCUGUACUUUUUGUGUAUUGUUGUUCUCAUAAAGCAAUGCUUAAUAGGUCUAUGCGACGACAUGGGCUGCUGGGAUGAUGAAGACAACUACGAAUCUACUCACAGAGAACCAAGCGAGUACACCGAUCUACUGGUGUACGAGUGUGGCGAUGGGAAAACACUUGAACUAGAGCACGUGUGCAACAAUAUAACGGACUGCAAAGACGGUUCUGACGAAAUGGAUUGCAAGGGGAUGAUGUACAUGACUUACGGACGGAAAAAUCCCAAUUCCAAAUUGCUAAAGCCGCCGCCGAUUCGCAGGGAAAAGAAGAAGACCGCCGCCGCCGCCGCCACCAGUGCUUCAAACGACAAGUAUAAUAACAACCAGCCGGCCCGGCAAAACCCGAAAGAGGACCCAAAGGUCGACGAAAAAGUGACAAAACGGACGGCUCAGAAGGAUUCGGGGUCCGCUGACCCGAGCCGCGCCGAAGGGGAGGAGAAGGCGACCGCUGCCGUUAGCAGCCCUUCCGAAGACCUUGCCGGCAGCCUUGACAACGUCUGCCCCAUCGAGAAACAGCCAGCACCGGUCGCAGACUACGCUGCAUUGGCCCAAUGCCCGGCUAAGGUUUGGCCGUGGUCUUUCGAUCAACUGGUCCAAGACGGACAAUUGUUGAGUUUAUAUGAUUCGAACGGAACCGGAUCUUCAGACAGCGGCACUUCCGUUGAAUGGACCCGACCCGAGUCCACAGCCUUGAUCACCACCGUCCAAGCCGCCGAACAAUCCGACCAAGAACCGUCGCUAUUGUUGACUGUUGACGGACAUUCAAGUGUAAUGGAAUACUACAUUACCGGCCCCCGGAUCAUGAGAGUCAAGAUAUCUGGGCUUAAAGAUUCAUUGUCCAACGACCGAGACAGUCAAAAUUUACCAAAUCGCGAUGAAGUGCCCGCCAACUUGAAAAUGCCUGGAAACGUUGGCCAACGGAUCAGAGCCAGUACAUACAGUCAGGUAGAAAACGAACCGGUAGCGACUAACGGCGCCAACCCGUUAUCGGGAUUUCACACGGCGCUAUUGAAGUACGGGCUGUGGACCGCGGGAGCGUGUUUGAUUUUGGGUGUGCUGUGGGCACUCUGCAAAUAUUAUCUGGCAUGCUUCCGCGCAAGAUACCCUCGUGAAGUAAUCGAAGUGGGCCCCGACGACACCAGCCUGGUCGAGUUCCAGAACUGUAACGCCGACUCCGACGACCCGCACGCCAUGAGAACCGUCAGGGCCACCUACUCCAGAGGGCAGCUCGCCCUCAGAGUCCUACCGCAGCUGCCGCACAUCGAGAUGUCGGACGACGACUUUGACGACGAAGAAGUGGCCGGCUACAACACGCGGUACUAUCGGGGAGGCAACCACGCGCGGAGACCGACGAGGACAUGUUUUCCACCUUCGACCAGCCCAACCGCAGAUUGGAUUAGUGCGCAGGGUUUUGUCGAGCCUCCUGUACCGCUGCUAAAAUGA